AUGGGGCUGCGCGCAGGGAUCCUGCUGCUUCGGGUCUGCUGGCUUCUCAGCAUGGCCACCAAUUCCCUCGAAGAUGGCAAGUGUUUCUUCCCAUUCCGCUAUAACAAAGGCGUGUUCUACGACUGCAUCAUGUUCGAGUCCAAACACAAGUGGUGCUCCUUGACUGCGACUUUCAAAGGCUACUGGAAGUACUGCUCGGCAGACGACGUGGCAAAAUGUGUGUUUCCCUUCUGGUACAGACGCACGAUCUACUGGGAAUGUACGGAAGACUCGGACGCGUUUGGGAAAAAAUGGUGUUCGCUGACUCAGAAUUAUAACAAGGAAAAGGUUUGGAAAUAUUGUGGUUCGUGAGGAGAUUUC